UGUUUCCGGUAUUGCGCAAUCACAACAUACAAUCGAACUUUGAACGAGUCGGCGGUCAAGUGUUCGUAGCUGUUCCUAAGUGAUCCAGUCUGAUAAAUAGGCCUAAUGGACUGGCUAUAUGUCCUGGUGGGCUGUGUAAUACUUUUUCUGGUCCUGCAAAUGUUCACACUAUUGCAGACUGACUGUGACCUCGCUCUGACAUGGAUGCAACACAUCGGUAAAGCUCCAGGAUGUCUGAAGGGAAAGGUUGUGUGGGUGACUGGAGCAUCAAGUGGUAUAGGAGAGGCUGUGACCCUGAAACUGGCGUCAGCAGGGUGUCGUCUGGUGUUGUCAGCUCGGCGGGAGGACAAACUUCAAACACUUAAACAGCAAUGUGUAGAGCGAGGCUAUGGUGCGCCGGGUGAUUACCUGGUGCUUCCCCUGGACUUACUGGCCUAUGACUCACACAAAGGUUUGGUGGAAACUGUGCUCAAGUACUUCAAAAAGAUUGACUGUCUGGUGAACAAUGCAGGUCGGUCACAGAGGGCCUUGAUCAGCAGAACAAGUUUUGAGGUUGACCAGCAGAUGCUUGCAGUAAACACCUUGGGUCCAAUAUCACUGACCAAGGCUGUCCUCCCUGUUUUCAUUCAACAGAAUUCUGGCCAGGUGGUGGUCACUAGCAGUCUUGCAGGCAAAAUUGGUGCGCCAGGCCUCGGCUCGUAUUGUGCCAGUAAACACGCCCUACAUGGUUGGUUUGACUGUCUGCGUGUAGAGUCCGUUAUGUAUAAUAUACAAGUAACCAUGGUCUGUCCUGGCCCAGUGUUCUCGGAAGCUCUGAUGCACGCCUUCACUGAGGAUCCCGACAAAAAAUUAGGUCUGGAAAUGAAAUCCGAUGAGAACAGGAUGACAGCAGCCCGCUGUGCUCAUCUUAUGGCCGUAGCCAUGGCUAACAACAUGGAUGAAGUGUGGCUAACAGCAAACCCGGAGUUAUCUUUCCUUUACAUGAGCCAAUAUCUGCCUGGCAUAUUUCACUGGUUAGCCAAACGUCUUGGACAGAACAGAUUCAAGAAGAUAUUGGAAGGAAACACGGACCUCCAUUAGUUUGUGUUGGACACAGUCAAUCUGAUGGAUGUGGAUGAUCAAAUGGUACAAUGACAAUGAUUGUAUAUUAUAUAAUUGUUCAAGUGGUGUUAGACACACAAUCAAGUUAUUUGUUAUAAAGCUAGGUUGUUGACAUUUUUUUUAUCAGAUGAUAAUUUUUGUUAAUAAAGUCCAUAACAAAUCUCUCUCUGUUUACUCGAUGUAAUAAUAAGUGUGCAAGGAAGAAACAGAACACCUGAUAUUAUUUGGUUACAUAUAUUUUAUAUCUCAAAGCAAUGUCCACUUUCUAAACAUCCAUUAAAUAAGGCAACUAUACGGUUAGUGAAUGAAUGUCAUUUUCUCCAUGAUAUUUGGCACUACAACAAAUAGUAAUAAUAAUAGAUCUUUAUUUACAGAGGUUACCUCUAUUAUACAAAACAGUUUCAACAUCCCUCUCUCAUCAACUACAAGUUAUGCAAACAGAUUCAAUAUCAGCCUCUCACCUAAUGCAUAAGUUAUGUAAACAGAUUCUCUCAACAUCCGCCUCUCAUCAAAUGCAUAAGUUAUGUAAACGAUAUAUAUAUAUAUAAAACAGUUAUAUAAAUAUAGCUCAGCUUGUGUGACACCUCGGUCACACCUUGGUCAAAUAACACACCUCUCUUUAAACACCAGUGAAUUCUACACAUCUCUCUUUUAAAACCUUACUAUCUUACUUCAGUAACUUGUAACUAAAGUCUGUUGCACUCAAUCAUUCAGUUAAGGAUAUUUGUUCCUACAUCAGAUCUCCUGUCAAAAAGAAAAAAACCUCUUUCAUGAAUGAUUAUUUGAGAUUGGUCAAUUAUACGUGUUUGGUAACAAAUUCUGAAAUAUCACACUGUACAUGUACAUAAUGCUUGGUAAAUGUAAGGGGAGAUAACUCUCACUACAAAUCAUAAGCAUAACUAAUGUAGCAUAUAUUAUUAGGUACAAUAAAGAGUGAUACUUAUGACAUCAAUCACAUCUACACCUUGUAACCAUACACUACAGAAAAGUAGGAGUCAUGUUAUUGCACAUUUUUAAAGAAAACGUAAUGGUACUUAUAUGUAAACAUCUUAAAAAAAAUCUGCUUGUCAUAAAAUUGACCAAUCAGUCAAUAUCUAAGAACAAAUAAAUUCAAUGAAAAUGUAGAAAUGUAAUUUAUUUCAGGGAAAUGUCGCUUGGUGACAUUGUAUUUAUAAUUAUGUCCUUUGAUCUCUGUUACAGCAUAUUAAAAUUAAUACUUUUCAUAAUAAGAAAGAACAAAAGCCAGCUUUGGUCUCAAAUUAUGCAUAAUGUGUUGUAGCUAUAUUUUCAUGGUAUUCAUUCACAAGUCAACACCUCCAGUGUAUUUCAGUCACUCAUGACUCUUGAAACAUCUUACCAAUACAUAAGAUCUUUAAAAGCCAUCCACUGAGAGAUUCUUUAAAGCCACUCAUAAAAUGGAACUUUCAAAUAGAGUAGCUACAUAAUAUAUAUAGGUCCACCUUUCAACCACUCACAUACUACAAAUACUCCCACUUAACACCAAACUUCACAGUAUUAGAACCAGAUAACCAGAUCUGGGCGACAAGAAUUAAGGACAGUGCCGAGUUCAUUACAGUUACACUGGGGUGUAAUGUCACUCGGGCGAUGGAACACUGAUGAAAAGUCACCAAUACAGACGAUUUACCCAACAUACUGUGGUAUUGAAUUACAGCCAAUAUGUACCCAUAUACGAAGUCCAUGUGAACAGAUUUGUACGGGCAUAAAUCUAUUGAUAAUGUGUCAACAAUACUGAGUGAAAUUAUCAAAGUAAAAUAUUUGUCAAUAUAAAAAUUUAAAACAUAAAAGGAUAAGUGAGACAGAUACCUUACAAAAUGUACUGUGACUACAUACUAUAUAAUGGGAAAUGUUCACUGCUGUUUAACUUUCGCUUCCCCCCGUGUGUACUGAGGACAAAAACAACACUAUGUUAAUAGUAAUCAAAUGUGAAGGGUGAAGUUAAAUUGGUCAAAUGUGGACUUUACAGGCUAAGGGAGAGUGGACUUUACAGGCUAUGGGAGGGUGGACUUUACAGGCUAAAGGAGAGUGGGCUUAACAGGCUAAGGGAGAGUGGGCUUAACAGGCUAAGGGAGAGUGGGCUUUACAGGCUAAGGAAGAGUGGACUUUACAGGCUAAGGGAGAGUGGACUUUACAGGCUAAGGGAGAGUGGACUUUACAUGCUAAGGUAGAGUGGGCUUUACAGGCUAAGGGAGAGUGGAC